UCCCUCCUUUCUCCCUUUGCUUCAGAGGCCAGCCAUUCCAGUCCAGGCCGCGUGACCCUGACUGACCCCGUCGUCUUCCUUCCUCCCCACGUCCUCCUCCUCCUCCUUCCUCCUCCUCCGAUCCAAUUAACAAAUUCAUUCAUUCAUCUGCCUGCCCAGAACCACCAGAACAAUCCUUGCAGCCUUCUUGCAACCCUCUCGCUUUCCCAUCACAUCGCAAUCUCUGUGCACGGAAAGACAAACAGUGGCCCGCUUGUCUCUACCGCCUGCGCCACCCCCCUGCUGGCUCCUACCUUAACCUUAGCCUCACCUGGCCUGCCCCAUCCCCUGCAUUGACAAGAGACAGGUCAAGCACACAGCCGUCGCCUUGCCUGGCUGCAUGAGUGGCUGGCUCCUCCCUCCCUGAGGAAGGGGAACAAUGAGGGAUGGCGGCGGCGGCGGCGGCAACAGCAAGAUGAGCAAGCUGUCGUGGUCCAAGAGCCUCGUGAGGAAGUGGUUCAACAUCAGGGGCAAGUCCCAUGACUUCCACGCCGAUGCCGUGGCUGCGGGGACUGGGAGGUCAGGUGGAGGAGAUGAUGACUGGAUGGAUGGCGGCUUCACCAGGAGGGACUCCUCCUGCGGCGCCAAGAAGAGCAGGACAGAGAGGCCGUCGCGGAGGAGCCACGAGCGGUCGCGGCGCAGCAAGAUCGACCUCGACGCCGCCGAGGCCACCGUCAUGCUGGACUACAGGAUCUUCGCCGCGACAUGGAAUGUCGGUGGCCACGCGCCGCCGGGCUCCCUCAGCCUCGACGACUGGCUCCGCACCUCGCCGCCGGCCGACAUCUACGUCCUCGGGUUCCAAGAGAUCGUCCCGUUGAACGCCGGCAACGUCCUCGGCGCCGAGGACAACGGCCCGGCGAGGAAGUGGGUGUCGCUGGUCAGGCGGACUCUGAACAGCCUGCCGGGGAGUAGCGGCGGCGGCGGCAGCGGGAGCCUGCAGACGCCGUCGCCGGCGCCGUACCCGGUGGCGGAGAUGGACGCCGACUUCGAGGGGUCGAGGCAGAACAACCCGUCCUUCUUCCACCGGCGGUCGUUCCAGGCCGGGCUCAGCCGGAGCCUGCGGGCGGACGGCGACAUCCUCGCCGGCCCCGGCCCCGGCCCGGCCAGGCUCGAGCGGCGGUACAGCGUCAACGACCGCGUCAUGUACGGCAGCAGGCCCAGCGACUACGAGGCCAACUGCCGGUGGGGCGGCGGCGCCCAGUCCGACGACGAGGACGACGGCGGCGGCGGCGCCGGGUCGCCGAGCACCACGUUCUCUCCAAUGUCGCACGCAUACGGCAACGCUCCUCCGCCCACGGAAGAAUACAAUAAUGGGUCGGCAGCUCGCGGUCCUGCUAGGUACUGCCUGGUUGCAAGCAAGCAGAUGGUUGGAUUGUUCCUGAUGAUUUGGGCUCGGAAAGAGAUGAAGAACGACAUAAGGAAUCUGAAGGUGUCCUGUGUUGGGAGAGGAUUAAUGGGCUAUCUUGGAAAUAAGGGUUCAAUUUCCAUUAGCAUGUUAUUGCACCAAACAAGCUUUUGCUUCGUCUGCAGUCAUCUAACAUCAGGUCAGAAAGAUGGCGAUGAGCACCGCAGGAACUCCGAUGUAAUGGAGAUUCUGAGGAAGACCAGGUUCCCGAGGGUUUAUGGGCAGUAUGAGAGGUGCCCGGAAACAAUCUUGGAGCAUGACCGGAUAAUCUGGCUUGGGGAUCUCAAUUAUCGCAUCGCACUUUCCUAUCGAUCAGUGAAGGCGCUUGUCGAGAUGCGUAACUGGAAAGCACUGCUGGAAAAAGAUCAGCUGAGGAGUGAGCAAAGAGGUGGUCGUGUGUUUCCUGGCUGGAAUGAGGGGAGGAUAUACUUCCCACCAACCUACAAGUACUCCAACAAUUCUGACAAAUACGCUGGAGAUGACAUGAACCAAAAGGAGAAGAAGAGAACUCCAGCAUGGUGUGAUCGCAUUUUGUGGUAUGGAAGGGGCCUUAGCCAACUCUCAUAUGUUCGGGGAGAGUCUCGCUUCUCGGACCACAGACCUGUCUACAGUAUGUUCAGUGCAGAAGUGGAAUCGAUCAAUCACAGCCGAAUUCAGAAGAUGAGUUCUUGGAGCUCCCAGUUGGACAUAGAAGAAUUACUGCCAUACUCGUAUGGGUACACUGACAUCAAUCCUUAUGGAUAUACUGAUCUCAAUUUCUUUUGAAAUGGACAGCUAGCGCGACUCUCAGCUUGAGCUACAUGCUUCAACUGAACCGCCCCUCGCUGCGAUGCCAGUUAUCUUUGCCAAGAAUUGAGGACAGAGUUGAUAGACAUGCAGGAGUAAUCUGGUCUAAGUUUCUCCUAUUGAUUGAUCGGUGCUCUGCAUUCGCUUCUCAUGGUUAUAGAAGCUUGUUAAUGUAGUCACUUGCCUUGAGUUGAGAAAAAGCAAAUCUCGAACUUUCAGCAUUGCAAUUUUCUGAAUGUUCAGGUUGCUGUCAAGGUACAUACCCAGUCCAUGUAUAAAAGCUGCCUCUGUGGUGAAAUGAGAAAUCUGAUGAGCCUCUGGAUGAUCUUUUGCAGUUCUCCAUCUAGUGUUAGCCUCUGAUAGACACAUCGAGAGAAAUGCUCAAAUGAUGAUGAGCAGAUAGAUAGCAUAGCACUGGCCCUUCAAUUUGAAGGCCAGGUGAAUUUUGAAAUAUUCCGUUUUCCCCUUCUUCUCUACAUCUGUAUACUUUGGCCAUAAUCAGUUUAUUCGUAGUGGUACAAUAUAUUUUUUGCUUGUGUUUUGAAAGCAGUAAAAGAAAGGGGGGUCAUGAAUGCC